AUGAGCCGGGUUGUGAUGAGCUUGGCUGCGAAGAAGUCGGCUUCGAGCUUGGCUGAGAUGAACUCGGCUUCGAGCUUGGCUGAGAUGAACUCGGCUUCGAGCUUGGCUGAGAUGAACUCGGCUUCGAGCUUGGCUGAGAUGAACUCGGCUUCGAGCUUGGCUGAGAUGAACUCGGCUUCGAGCUUGGCUGAGAUGAACUCGGCUUCGAGCUUGGCUGAGAUGAACUCGGCUUCGAGCUUGGCUGAGAUGAACUCGGCUUCGAGCUUGGCUGAGAUGAACUCGGCUUCGAGCUUGGCUGAGAUGAACUCGGCUUCGAGCUUGGCUGCGAAGAACGAAGAACUAGGUCUAGAGCUCGGUCUUGAUGAGCUUGGCUGA